UCUCCAGUUUUUUUUCUUUUCUCCAACAAUCCACAAAAUGAGAGAAGAAAACCCACCAGAAACCAGACCGAAAUCCUCCAAAUUCAGCGACCAAAACCAGCCACCCAAAUGUCAGAACCCCAAACUCAACACGACCAACUCGUCGAAGCUGAGGUGGGGUUCUCAGAUCGUGAAGAACUUGGCCGGAGAGAAGUCGAAAACCAAAGCCCAGUUGAAGAAACAGCCGUUGGCAUCAAUGGCCACCUCGGAUACGGCGAGUAAUCAGAAGAACCCACUUGCGCAUUCUCAUUCUAGAGCCAAAAGAUCGCUCAUUGGCGACUUGGCUUGCUCCGUCAACGCCACCCAAGUCCAUCCCCAGUCGAUGACGGCGUUUCAGACUGCUCACCGGAGACAGUCGUCACGGGACUUGUUCACCGAGCUCGAUCACCUCAGAAGCUUGCUGCAAGAAUCGAAGGAGAGAGAGUUCAAAUUGCAGGCCGAGUUGUCGGAGUGGAAGAGGAAUCCGAGAGUUUUGGAGCUGGAGACUGAAGUCGAGGUGAAGAGGAGCGAAGUUGACGGGCUUAAGAGGAGACUUGAGUUGCUGGAGGAAGAAAAGGCGAGCCUUUCCGAGCAAUUGUCGGGUUCGGAGAGGGAAAGGAGUGAAGAGAGUGAGAGCUCAGUGGUGUCACAAAAUCUGGAAAUGGAGGUUGUGGAGCUGAGGAGGCUGAAUAAGGAGUUGCAACUUCAGAAGAGGAACCUUGCUUGUAGGCUUGCCUCUGUUGAGUCACAGUUAGCUUCUUUGGCAAAGGCGUCUGAGAGUGACAUUGUUGCUAAGAUCAAGGCUGAGGCAUCUUUGCUAAGACACACAAAUGAAGAUUUGUGUAAGCAAGUUGAAGGUUUACAGAUGAGCAGACUGAAUGAGGUUGAGGAGCUAGCCUAUCUUAGGUGGGUGAAUUCGUGUUUACGAAAUGAGCUGAAAAAUUCGUGCUCGACUACAAAUUCUAUUAAGACGCCGACAAGCCCGAGUUCAGUAGAAAGGAGUGCUGAAUCAUCUUUUGGUUCACUGUCUUGUCAAAGCAAUGAGUACUUGGAAUAUAGUAGCACAAAGAGAGUGAACCUGAUAAAGAAGUUAAAAAAAUGGCCUUUAACUGAUGAGGAUUUGUCAAACUUAGAAUGCUCAGAUCAUAGUUUGCUGGACAAGAAUUGGGUUGAUGAAGAGGAAAGAAUAAGCCCGAGGAGAAGGCACUCAAUAAGUGGAUCCAAAUGUAGUACAGAGGAAUUGAUGCCUGAUAAGAGAAGGCAAUCUGAUGGUUUUAUGCUUUCAAGAGAAACGGAAAAGGAAGCAGAACCAUUAGCUUCUCAGAAAUUUGACUUGGAAAUAGGUCAUAGAUCCCAGUUGUAUGGAAGCUGCCAUGAAUCAGUUAAAUUUUCAACUUCCAUGGAUGUUGAGAAAAGGGCUUUGCGUAUUCCGAAUCCUCCUCCAAGGCCUUACCGCUCAGUUUCUAGUGGAACCAAAGAGGAAGGUUCGGCACAAAUUCUCCCGCCACCACCUCCUCCGCCUCCCCCACCACCUCCACCAAAGUUUGCAGCACGGAAUACCUCAGGAACCUUUCAGCGAGCUCCUCAAGUAGUCGAGUUUUAUCAUUCGCUCAUGAAGAGAGAUUCAAGGAAGGAUUCUUCAAAUGGAGGGAUCUGUGAUGCCCCGGAUGUUGCAAAUGUUCGUAGCAGCAUGAUUGGAGAAAUUGAAAACCGAUCCUCACAUCUGCUAGCAAUAAAGGCAGAUGUUGAGACACAAGGAGAAUUUGUGAAUUCGUUGAUAAGAGAGGUGAAUGAUGCAGUCUACCAGAACAUUGAAGAUGUUGUGGCAUUUGUCAAGUGGCUAGACGAUGAACUUUGCUUUCUUGUGGACGAGAGGGCAGUUUUAAAGCACUUCGACUGGCCAGAAAGGAAAGCUGACACAUUGAGAGAAGCAGCAUUUGGAUAUAAAGAUAUCAAGAGAUUGGAGUCUGAAGUCUCCUCUUACAAGGAUGAUCUCCGAUUGCCUUGCGAUAUUGCAUUAAAGAAAAUGGUGGCAUUGUCUGAGAAGAUGGAGCGUACUGUCUAUAACCUUCUUCGAACAAGAGAGUCUUUGAUGCGUAACUGCAAAGAAUUCCAAAUUCCCACAGAUUGGAUGCUUGACAAUGGAAUUAUAAGCAAGAUAAAGUUUGGCUCUGUCAAGUUGGCAAAGAUGUACAUGAAGAGGGUAGCUAUGGAACUUCAGUCAAAAGCAGCAAUUGAAAAAGAUCCUGCAAUGGACUACAUGCUACUUCAGGGAGUGAGAUUUGCUUUCAGAAUACACCAGUUUGCGGGAGGAUUUGAUGCAGAAACAAUGCACGCAUUUGAGGAACUUCGCAAUCUUGCACAUCUGCUUAACAAGAAGUAAAGGCUUGGUACUUCAUGGUCUACUAUCUCAGUAACCUUUAUACUAGAAAAUUUACACAUCUCAUACCAUGUUUGGUCUCGGACCAUGGUUUUGGAUUGAGGACCCUAGAUUUCUUGGGUGUUCAAAAAUGUUUGGCGCAAGAAAAAGCAACAAUUUUGGAUCGUUCAUACGAGAGUUGUCUCAGAGCGACGUGUAAAAAAGACAAAAAGGACUUGUUAAAAAAAAGACUUGGUUGUUAAGAAAAAGAACUUGAUAUGAAGCAUGUUUGUGAUAGCUUGGCAAUGUAAAAAGAGAGAGAGAACUUGAUGUGAAGAGGUAUGUUUGUGACAGCUUGUCAAUGUAUAGGGAACCUACAUUGCGCA